AUGUCCACCUGCACAGCACAGUAUACUUUCACUGCCUGGCUGUGUGUCUUCUAUUGUGUCAAGAUAGUGAACAGCACUCAGUCCCUCUUCCUAUGGUGGAAGCUGAGGAUAUCAAGGCUUAUACCACGGCUUAUUGUCGGAUCUCUGAUCUUCUCCUUGUCUGCCGCUAUCCUGAUGUUUGUUAACCCCAAACUAAAGCAGGCAGCUAGCCAUACUUCUCAACACAGCACACAACAGAUGUCGAUGGUGAUUUCUUAA